AUGGCUCCAGUCCCUCGAUGUCGAGCUCAUCGCCUUCGCCGCCGCCGCCUCGUCGACCGCGUCCCCGCCGCUUCGGAUGCGGUGGCCGUCGAGGGCAAGACCACAGUGCUCGUGGCCGGGAAGUUGGGCGCCGCGGGGCUAGCGCUACUCUGGGAGUUCGCCAACGUCGACUGCUCCUACGACCUAUCCCCCGAGGGGCUUAGGGCCAAGAUCUCGCUCUGCGACGCGCUCGUCGUGCGGUCGGGCACCAAUGUUGGCAGCGACGUCUUCGAGGCCUCCGGUGUGCGUCUCCGCAUCGUCGGCCGGGUCGUGGUCGGGAUCGGGAUCGGCAACGGCUACCUCGUCGUCAAUGCGCCCAUCGCCAACACCGUCACCGCCGCCGAGGACGGCAUCGCGCUCAUGUGCGCCAUGGCCAGGAACGUCGCCCAGGCCGACGCAUCGCGCGGAUGCAACUGUGGCCGUCACGUCGUGGAGCAGCAUUCUGUCAUGGUCAACUGGAUCAUCGAGGUCAGUGUACUACAGCAACACUUUCCAGUUUGUGGUACAAGCUCGCCCUACACAUUUACAGUCAUGCUGGUUGUGUGUUGGGGGUAG